GUUUGAAUUAAUAUAUUUAUUUGAAUUAUGUUUUUGAGAUCCUAACACAGGCAAUAAUUAUAUUAAAAAGAGGCUCCAGUAUGUGCAAUGCUAUGUAACCGUUUUAACCAAACUUUUUUAAAAUACAGUUGUUUUUUGCAGACCCUUGAUAGGGACCUUCUUUGCAGCAUCAGAGCGUACAUCAGUACCCAUGGCAUAGACUUGUACCGGUACCCUAGUACCGACAUAGUUCAAAGCAUACUGCAGCACGAGUCGACUGGCAUUCUUUACACAAAGGCCUGGGAUUUGGCUCGGCAAAGCGUUGCGAAGAAGGAACUGUACUUCGAAUUCUUGCAUGAACAAGAUGUCGAAGAAAUAAAACACUCUACCAUUGACGUGAAAGAAAAUAUCUCAGCUGUGUGCUUUCUCGGCGACUAUGUACUAGUUGGUACCUUUGCUGGGCUUGUAAAGUUCUUCCAUAUACCGACUAACAAACUAAAGAAAGAGCUGAACGGAUCAGAGUAUGGUAUCAAAUGGAUUGGUGCAUGCCCCAUGAAUCCGCCGCAAGUGGCGGCGCUGUCUUUUGACGGCGUCAUCAAGAUGUGGUUCAUUGAUGACGUCGAGAGGGAGGAGACUGAUGACGUCAUUGAUGAAGUCGUGGCGCGCGACGUGGCAGCGCUGCAGCGCAAGCGCGAUGUCGGUACUGGCAGCGCGGCGGUGCGGCGCGCCACGUAUCAGCGCCAUCUAUUGAGUGACGCCUGCUACUAG